AUGUAAAUUUGGAAAUUAUUUAACUAAAAAAUCUUAUUCUAGUUUGCUAGAUAAAUUAAACCUCGUAUUCCAAUAUAAAUCGAUGAAUUAAAUAGGCAAUUUGAAUUACAGAAAUUCUACAUUAAAGAACAAGCAGAAAAAUAAAUUAGACAUGCUCAUUCAAUCGCAGAAUUAAUUAGUUUAAAUAAAGACGUAAGUUAAUAUGUCGAUGUUACAGAACCUAUUCUUAAACGUCUAUAGAAACUCAAAAUUACCUCAGAAGAGUUUUCUUCAAAUUAAGACUUUAUUGCUUAAAUGGUAAAUAAAAAUACUAGUUAAUUAAUGUUCAACUUGCUCUAAUAUUAUGAAAAUGAUCAUAUUGAGAACUUGGUACUUGAUGCAUAUAAAAAUAAUCAUUUACAAAUUACAGAAGACAAUAAUCUUCGACUACUAUAGAUUAUUGCAAAACAUGGAAAACCUGAAGAUUUAUUAUAAUGGUCUUAAAAUCCAGAGUUUAAACUAAAUGGCAAAAAUAUAACUAAAUUUUAUGAUAUUUUAGAUUUUUUAGAUGGCAAAUUACCUGAUAGAGAAAUUAUUGUAAACAAAAUAGAAUAAUAAAUAUAUAAGUAUGCUCAUUAAUAUGAAUAUGUUACAAUAUUAAAGAUCUUAAAACACAGAUCUUUUAAUGAAAAAGUAUUAAAUGAAGAACUUUUAAUAGCUAUUUUAAGAAGACUUUUAUAAAUUGAAUUAAAUUUAGAAUAAUUAAUAAAUAUAAAUUAGUAUUUAACUGUUGAAUUAUAAUAUUUAGAUGCUUAAUGGUUAAAUAAAAUAAAUAAAUCAGUUAUUCAAUAAUUAUAUCCUGAUUAAUAAUAAAUGGAUUUAUUAGAGGAUAAUUAAAAUGACUAAGAAGAGGAAAUAAUUUAAAAGAAUUAAGAAGAGGGAAGUGAGACAUAGAUUAAUUCAAAAAUAAAAAGUGAGUUAGAUAAUGAGGAAUUGUUAAAAUUAGUUAAAGAUUUAGAAUUAAGAACAGAACCAUUUAAAUUGAGUGAUUUAGAAAAGCAAUUUUUAAGACUUAUGGAUUAAUUUUCAAAAGUCAUAAUAGUAAAUGAUUUAAAUUUGUUAGCUUUGUAAUUUUUUAAAGAAUUGGAUGUUCAUAUGAUGUAAUAUUUAAAUCAUUUAACAGCCGAUGAAUAAUUAAUUUGCUUUAAAUUUCAUGGUAAAUAUAUAGAAACAAUAUAUAAUGAAUAAUAAUAAAAUCCAAAAUAAUAUAAAAAAUCUUGUUAAAAAAGACUUGAGUAAAUGAAUAACUCUUAUUAUGAAAUAACACUUUAAUGUUUGAAGGAAUUAAGUUUUGAAUAGACAUUAACAUUUUUGGAAGCUGUAUCAGUUUUAGGAGUAAGUAAAAGAAAAGUUUGUUAAAGAAUAAUGAAUGUUGGAUUUGAAGGAUUACAUAAAAUAGAUGAAUGUAAAUAGGAGAAUCAUAAAAAGAAUUAUGCUUUAUUUGCUUAUUAUAAGUUAUUACAAUUAUUUAUAACAUAAGAACAUGAUAUUUUGUAUAAAUUAAUAAAUAUAAGUAAUUAGGUAGAUAGAGAAAUAAUUUUAGGAAAUAAAAAUAAAUACUUUAGAUCUUUAGAGUGAAUAUGCUCAUUUAGGAAUAAAAAGAUAAAAAAUAUAGGAGUUGGAGAGUAAGAAUAAUAAUAUUAAUAAUGAUAAUGAGUUAUAAAUUUGA